AGGGCCAUGAGAGGAGGUGGGUGGCUCAUGAGUUUAAAACUCCUAUGUCUGUGUUUGUGGAUUAAGAUUCAGGAACCUCUCCAAUGCCUUUGAUCUGACAGAGGGUGUGUCCUCUGGAUUGGGUUGUCCCCUGAUUGGAUUGUCCAGUCUCUUCCCCUAUAAAACGAGAAUCAGAGGCAGAAGUCAGUAGACUUUUCAGCAAGUCACAAGCUGCCUGCAUCUCAGGAGUGGUCAGAGGACAGCUCUUGGAACUGGGGGAACCUGCAUAGACCAGAUUUCCAAGCCAGCCUCUUCUGGUGAGUGUGGAAACCACAUGGAUGGCAAGAGAGUGUUCAUUUAUUUGCUUUUUACUUUUGUGCAGUCUCUUUAAUAUAGCAGGUAGUGGCCCUUAAAAUAAGAAAUUUCCUUAUUAAAAGUUAUUUCUUUGAUGUUAGUAUUAAGAAAUAUUCCACAUUUUGUACAGUUCUGUGUAUGAACCUUUCUUGGGAUAAUAAGCCAGUUUUUUUUUUGUUUUGUUUUGUUUUUAAUAAAAUCACUCCGAGGUAGAAGCAGUAUUUGCUCAGGCUGUUUGAAUAGUUCUCUCUGGAAAACGUUUUACUCACAAAGUGCUUGGUUUGUUUGCUUUUCUUUCUUUUUAAAAAUUCAGUUCUCUGCUCUAUAUGUCAUCAGUUUGGCCUUCCCCAAUGUCUUCAUCAGUUGUUAUUAAUGUUUUUCUUUCCCCUUUCUUCUCUUCCUUCAUAUCUCCCUCUUUCUCUCUUCUGUCUCUGUGAUGGCCUUAUUGAUUAUUAUAGUGCUUUAUUGUACCAAACACUAGUAAGCAUUUUUCACUCCAUCAACUCUUUCUCUCCAGAUACUGAGGAGCUCGACAGAGAGAAGAUGGCACCUUCUCCCAGCGGACGCAAAGAGAGCUCUGAUGAGCUGUCCAAGGACGGCUCUAGAGAUAAAGCCAGCCCCAAAGAGUCACGAGAGAAGUACCGUGGCAGAGCUAGAACUCGAAAGUGGAGCAGCGCUUCCAGUGGUAGGAGCAGCUCCAGAUCUCGGUCCAGCUGUAGCACCGGCUCCGGCUCCAGCAGCGGCUCCAGCUCGUCUUCAGCAUCCAGCCGCUCCGGACGUUCCAGCUCCAGCUCCAGCUCCAGCUCCAGCUCCAGCAGCUCCCCUGGCUCUUUGAGGCCUUCUCGGCAUAGAAGAGGCAAGAGACAGCGUUCUCACUCCAAACAACCCGAAAGAGACGGAAAGGAAAGGAGAAGGCACAGCCUUUCCCCUAAACCCACCAAGGUGCACAUCGCAAGACUCACCAGGAACGUGACCAAGGACCACAUCAGGGAGAUAUUCUCCACCUUCGGGAAAGUCAGAGUGAUUGACAUGCCUACAGAGAGGAUGCACCCCGGUCUGUCUGAUGCUUACGUGGAGUUCGAGACUCCAGACGAGGCUGAGAUGGCGAUGAGGCACAUGGACGGAGGACAAAUCGACGGCCAGGAGAUCCGGGCCACCGCCGUGGCGCCGCCCCGGCACCUCGGCCCUCGCAGGAGAAUGCGGUCACCGGCCGCCAGGUGGCGCAGGCCACGCUCAUGGAGGAGGAGAGGGUCGCCUUCCGCUCGGCUCAGGCUCCGGUCCCGGGAGAGCGGGCCACCCCGCUUCCCCCGCCGCCCCCUCCCCCGGAGCCGCUCCAGCUCCAGCUCCUCCGGAAGUUCUGGCUGGAAAACUCUGGUUCUAGUUCCUGAAAAUCUGUUUAACGACAAAGCCAGCAGCGAGGAGCAGAGCGACCAGGCGGUGCAACAGCCCCAGCCCGGGAAGACGUUUUCCCGUUUCACAGAUGACCUGAGGCCCAGGCCGGUCGCCUGGUCCUGCCCCAACCUGUCCGCCUGCAGAGUCCAGCAGUGA